AGUCGUUCGCGAAGCCUUCCAGGCGACGGGUACUAUACCGAUCGGCUGAUAGGUUUCAGUGUCUAUUCGUCUAUUUCUUUUUCUUCCCUACCCCUAUCUGUCAAAAAGAAUCAUUAAAAAUCAACGAGAGAAACGGUGCGCCUCGGAAGCGCUGCCGCAAGCGCACGGUGCCGAAUUUCAUCACGGUGAUUGACUUCGCUGCCGGUUCUUCUCCACACGGUCAAUAAUGAGGGACAUGGCGGGCAAGAUCGCCGAGUUGAAGUUCGAGGCACCCCUCGCACGUUUCGAGGAAGAAGACACGGCCAGCUUGAAGAACAUGAAUUUACUGACAGAGCAAUUGCUGGACACGAGUUUAAACACGAGUUAUGGAGAGAAUUGUAACGCGAACGAGCCAGCGGCUACGCACGAGAAUGGUACUGAUAUUCUCCAGGAGGGGACAUUCAGCCCUUUCAGCGGCAGUCUUGAGGACCUCGUUAACACCUUCGACGAGAAGAUAACAUCCUGCUUUCGCGAUUAUGGCACGAACGUCGAAUCGCUGGCACCCGUGCAAGUACGGACGCAGGAAGAAAUUAUGAAUGAGUGCCAAAUGUGGUGGACGAUUACCGGUACGUUCGGUAACAUAUUACCAAUCGAUUGGAGUAAAUCGUAUGCUAGAAAAAUGCAUAUGCCCGCGCUUAAUUUGAACGAGGCACCUGUACCACACGAAAGACCUGAACUAGAGGAUUUAAGUAGCGAAGAUGAGGCUGUCGCAACUGAUUUGGACAUGCAUGCUUUGAUAUUAUCCAGCAGCACCGAUACUCACAGCCCAGAGGAACCGUUGAAGACUGCGGAAGAAGUGCUCCGUGAAAUAGAUGACAUAAUGCAGGAAAGUCCAUCGAUGGAAAGAUCUCCGGAUUCCGAUGGGUCUUUAUUAGACAGCGACGAAGCGUUGGAGAGGAGCAGAGAAGUUUUAGGAUCGCCGCUGCACGAGAAAAAGCUGAAACAACUUACCUCCAGCCAACUCACUGAGCUACUCGGGGAAAUGGAAUCCUUGGUGGCAGCUCUGAGCGAAACUCUCAUCGCAGAACUUGCAUUGCGCGACGAGCUGGAAUAUGAAAAAGAAUUAAAGAAUCAAUUUAUCUCAUUGUUAUUAGCAGUACAAAAUCGACGAAGACAGCAUCAUGUCACAAAAAAGAGAAAUCAAAUGCAAAAUGGUACUAGUCCUUUACCACAACAUAGAUCGCUUCAAGAAUCUAAGUAUUGUGUCCUACUUAGUGAGCAUACCAUAAAUUCCUUUAUGGUAAUCGAUAAAAAUCGGAAAGAAAGAUAUUAAUUAUUAAAGAAUACAAUUUACUCUCUUCUUGCCAGUACGCUUUCAACCGCUGUUGUGCCGCAUAUUCUUGCGUUAAGGCAGGUGAUUUCGCUUCUAAAUUGUGUCUCGAACUAUACUCUGUAUCGAUUGUAGAUUUAUAGAGUCCGUGACACUCACAUCUAGUCUUACUUUAUAUAUUACCACAUGUAUAUUAUUUUACAUAAGAUACAUUUUUAAUAAUCUAUAUAUGCGCUCUAUAAAAUACCUCUUAAUCGUGUGCGACUUAUAAAAUCUUCAUUUUUGUAUAUGUCAUCAUAAAUUUCGUGACAAUUCAGUUUUUUGUAAUUUUUUGUACAUAAAGAUCUUAUUGAAAUGUGUGAGCAAAUUUUACUACAUUACCGAAAAUAUUUAUAUUUAUGUAGAAAAGUAUAUCUAUUAACUUAGAUUACAACAUAUGAAAUUAUGAACUUAGUGUAUAUUGUUGUAAUGCCCAUGUACCUAGAAUUAUCUAGUAACGUAUCGCGCAAAAAUAAAAACAUCUUGUUGCUGUAGAACAACUUUACAAAUGUAUACUUAAAAUCUGUUUAGUAAUUACAUGCAAAAGAUGCUAUUAAACACUUCGUGUACAGCAACACAGUUGUUUUGCACAUAUUAAAAAUAUUAUGUUUGUUGAGAUAAAGAAAUAAAUUAAACAACCUUAC